AUGGCUGCUGCUCCGGUGGUUGUGCCGCGCAUGAAGCUCGGCUCGCAGGGGCUGGAGGUCUCGGCGCAGGGCCUCGGCUGCAUGGGCAUGUCCGCGGCCUAUGGCGAGCGCAAGCCCGAGCAGGACAUGAUCGCGCUCCUCCGCCACGCCGUCGCCGCCGGUGUCACCUUCCUGGACACCUCCGACAUCUACGGGCCCCACACCAACAAGCUCUUGCUCGGGAAGGCGCUACAGGGAGGGGCGAUGGAGAAGGUCCAGUUGGCCACGAAAUUCGGCAUCACGCCGGCCCGGGAGGUCCGCGGCGACCCGGCGUACGUGCGGGCGGCGUGCGAUGGCAGCCUCGCUCGGCUCGGCAUCGACUGCAUCGACCUCUACUACUAG